GAAGCUAGCUACAGAAAAAACAUUUGAUGAAAUCAUCUCAAGGAGCUAGCCUAGCUUUGUUUCUUAGUUAGUUGGUAAUGUUGAUCCUCAAUAUCACCAUGACUUCCUCACACAACAAGCAUCCCUUGCCCACUGCCGUUCACUUCUUUAAGAUAAUCCUCAGAACAAGUCUUGCACAUGGAAUACUUAAGCUCCCAAAAGAUUUUACUACAAAAUAUGGAGAUAGCAUGUCAAACCUGGUGUUUCUCAACCCUCCAGAUGGCAUUGAAUGGAAAAUAUGUUGGACCAAGCUUGAUGGCAAGAUUUGGUUUGAAAAGGGUUGGAAGGAGUAUGCCACAUACUAUUCCCUGGAUCAUGGCCACUUGCUGUUGUUUCAAUAUCAGGGAACUUCUCAUUUUGACGUGCACAUAUUCGACAACAGCGCCGUUGAAGUAGACUAUCCUUCUUCCCCUGGUACUCGUGAUGGAAAGGAAAGACAUGUGGAGAUUAGUGAUGAUUCUGUUGAAAUUUUGGAUGCUCAAUUUUCAUGCCAGAAGACUAGAGUGAAAUCCACAGUGCCAUCUCCUCAACCUUCUAAGGAAAUGAAAUUCGGCCCAACUACAAAUGUUGAAAGAAGCCCCAGGGUAAACUUGCAUCAGCAUGUCCAAACUGGAAGUACUAGCUCUCAAGUAAAAAAUUAUGAAGCAAGAAGUAGAUGAAGAAGAGGGUAAAGGAAUUUUUAACACUGAAUGCCCAAAAGUGGAGCAGUUAACUUCUACCACUCUAAAGAAAGCCACAACUUUCAGGCUUGUCAUGAAGCCAUCCUUCAUUAAUGGAGAGUACCUGAACAACAUUUGCAGAAAACUCAUGCAGUUGUCCUCCUAGAGAACUUGGAUGGCAAAACAUAGCCUGUUAUUUGUUCUUCUCUUAGAAUUACUGGGGGGUGGCAGAAAUUUGCGUCAGAAAAUAAUUUGAAUGUGGGGGAUGUUUGUGUUUUUGAGCUGAUCCAGAGCUUUGCUUUCAAGGUUCAGAGGGACCAAGUUUCCCCAUUUCACAAGAUUACACAACAGGAAUUCACGGAAAUGGCAUGGCAAGCAAUUAUCUCGGCACCAGAAGUGGCUAAGGAGAACAAGCAUCAGAUUGUGGAGACUGAGCACUUGAUGAAAGCAUUGUUGGAGCAAAAGAAUGGACUUGCUCGCCGGAUCUUUUCUAAGGUUGGGGUAGAUAAUACUCGGCUUCUAGAGGCCACUGAUAAGCACAUUCAGCGGCAACCCAAGGUUGUAGGGGAAUCUGCUGGUUCAAUGCUAGGGCGUGAUUUGGAGGCAUUGAUUCAGAGAGCCAGGGACUUCAAGAAAGAAUAUGGGGACUCAUUUGUGUCGGUUGAGCACUUUGUUCUUGGUUUUGCCCAAGAUAAACGAUUUGGGAAGAUAUUGUUUAGAGAUUUUCAAAUAUCUCAGCAAGCUCUAAAAUCUGCCAUAGAAUCCAUAAGGGGACGCCAGUCAGUUAUUGACCAAGAUCCUGAAGGAAAGUAUGAAGCCUUGGAAAAGUAUGGGAAAGAUUUGACGGCAAUGGCUAAAGCAGGAAAACUUGACCCAGUCAUAGGAAGAGAUGAUGAAAUACGCAGGUGCAUUCAGAUUCUCUCCAGGAGGACAAAGAACAAUCCUGUUCUAAUUGGGGAGCCUGGUGUUGGAAAGACUGCAAUCUCUGAAGGACUUGCUCAAAGAAUUGUUCAAGGAGAUGUUCCUCAAGCUUUGAUGAAUCGAAGGCUUAUAUCCCUUGAUAUGGGUGCACUUAUUGCUGGAGCAAAGUACCGGGGAGAAUUUGAGGAUAGACUGAAAGCUGUUCUGAAAGAAGUAACAGAAUCUGAUGGUCAGACUAUCCUUUUCAUUGAUGAAAUCCAUACAGUUGUUGGGGCAGGUGCUUCAAAUGGUGCUAUGGAUGCUGGUAAUCUCUUAAAACCUAUGCUUGGUCGGGGGGAGCUGCGAUGUAUUGGUGCAACAACAUUAGAUGAGUAUCGAAAGUAUAUUGAGAAGGACCCUGCACUUGAGCGUCGUUUCCAGCAAGUUUAUGUUGACCAACCUUCAGUUGAGGAUACCAUUUCAAUACUAAGGGGACUGCGGGAAAGAUAUGAGCUGCAUCAUGGAGUUCGCAUUUCUGACAGUGCUCUUGUGGAUGCUGCAAUUCUCUCAGAUCGAUACAUAAGUGGGAGGUUUUUGCCUGAUAAAGCUAUUGAUCUGGUUGAUGAAGCAGCUGCUAAACUAAAAAUGGAAAUUACUUCAAAACCCACUGCACUUGAUGAGAUUAAUCGGUCAGUCUUGAAACUCGAGAUGGAGAGACUCUCUCUGAUGAAUGAUACAGACAAGGCUUCUAAAGAUAGAUUAAAUCGUCUUGAGACCGAACUCUCUCUCUUAAAAGAGAAACAGGACGAAUUGACUGGACAGUGGGAGCAUGAAAAGUCUGUAAUGACUAAUCUGCAAUCGAUUAAAGAGGAGAUAGACAGGGUAAAUCUUGAGAUUCAACAGGCUGAGCGAGAGUAUGAUCUUAAUCGCGCUGCUGAAUUGAAGUAUGGUAGUCUAAACUCCUUGCAACGCCAACUUGAAAGUGCAGAGAAAGAAUUGCAUGAAUAUAUGAACUCUGGUAAGUCUAUGUUAAGAGAGGAAGUUACUGGAAAUGACAUUGCUGAUAUUGUAAGCAAGUGGACUGGUAUCCCCAUUUCAAAACUUCAACAAUCAGAUAGAGAGAAGUUGUUGUAUCUAGAGGAAGAGCUCCACAAGCGUGUUGUCGGUCAAGAUCCUGCUGUCAAGGCAGUAGCUGAGGCUAUCCAACGUUCAAGAGCAGGUCUUUCAGAUCCCCAUCGCCCAAUCGCUAGCUUCAUGUUUAUGGGACCAACGGGUGUAGGAAAGACCGAGCUAGCCAAGGCCCUUGCUUCAUAUUUGUUCAACACAGAAGAAGCACUUGUACGAAUUGAUAUGAGUGAGUACAUGGAAAAGCAUACGGUUUCAAGAUUGAUUGGGGCUCCACCUGGAUAUGUUGGGUAUGAAGAGGGAGGGCAACUAACAGAGACAGUUCGUCGCCGACCAUAUGCUGUCAUUUUGUUUGAUGAGAUUGAGAAGGCACACUCAGAUGUUUUCAAUGUAUUCCUUCAAAUCUUGGAUGAUGGAAGGGUAACUGAUUCACAGGGCCGAACCGUAAGUUUUACCAACACAGUUAUCAUUAUGACCUCAAAUGUUGGAUCACAGUACAUUCUCAACACAGAUGAUGACACUGUGCCCAAAGAGUCUGCAUAUGAAACUAUAAAGCAGCGGGUAAUGGACGCUGCAAGAUCCAUCUUUCGCCCUGAGUUCAUGAAUAGAGUUGAUGAAUAUAUUGUUUUCCAGCCUCUAGACCGCAACCAAAUAAGUAGUAUUGUCAGGUUACAGUUGGAGCGUGUGCAGAAGAGAAUUGCAGAUCGUAAGAUGAAAAUCCAAGUUACAGAAGCUGCAAUCCAACUUCUUGGUAGUUUGGGGUAUGAUCCAAACUACGGUGCUAGGCCAGUCAAGCGAGUUAUUCAGCAAAACGUGGAGAAUGAACUUGCUAAGGGUAUUCUUAGAGGAGAGUUCAAGGAAGAAGACACAAUUUUAGUAGACACAGAAGUCACGGUAUUUGCCAAUGGUCAACUUCCCCAACAAAAGCUAGUUUUUAGGAGGGUUGAAGCUGAUUCCAAUUCUACUGUUGAAGACAGAAGGGAAGGCUUUCCACAGAUUCUGUGAACGCACGUUACUGCUCCUUAUUUCUCCACAUGCUAGGUUUCACAACAAAUUUUGAGUAUAGGUCGUUUUCUUACACUAAUGCAACUCUGAUCUUGUUCAUAGCAUGAUAUAGUUUAUAGUUCUUCACACAAUAACUUUUAUUGGUCAAUACAAAUACCAUGCUUAAGAAGUGUUGGUGUGGUUCAUUUCUUCAAUUAACAAAUUAUCAUA